UAAAAGAAGGACACUUAAAGUCAUCAUCAUCAUCAUCAUCAUCAUCAUGAAGGUCACCGGUCUCGUCGCCCUCGUCGCCGCGCUCGGCGCCUCGUCGGGUCUUGCCGCCCCUGCUCCCGUCGCCGACGUCGAGCAGCAGCAGCCCGAGCUGGUCGCGCGCGCCAACCUGCCGGGUCUCAACGCCCAGCAGAGCGCCCACGCGCGCGCCAUCAUCGCCGAGAGCAACAAGGAGAAGCUCGGCCACCAGGGGUGCCUCGCGGCCAUUACCACCGGCCUGACCGAGUCCACGCUGCGCGUCCUGGCCAACAACAAGGUGCCCCAGUCGCUCAAGUACAAGCACGACGGCCUCGGGUCCGACCACGACAGCAUCGGCAUCUUCCAGCAGCGGGCCAUGUACUACAAGGACAUCAAGUGCGACAUGGACGCCGCGUGCUCGGCCGGCCUCUUCUUCAAGGGCAUGAAGGCCGUCAAGGGCUGGCAGACGAUGGACGUGGCGACGCUCUGCCAAAAGGUGCAGCGCUCGGGCGUCCCCACCGCCUACAAGAAGCACGUCGCCGCGGCGACCAAGAUUUGCAAGGCCGGCGGCGCUUGAGGUGGAGAAGUGGCGGCGGACGCGCGGGUGCCUUGCAUUAGACUCCCUGGAUGGUUGAGCUCAAAACGUC